AUGACGAGAAGCCGUACGAGACUUCCCCGGUACCUAUCGAGGCGGUUCGUCCCCAAAGACACCUCUGAGUCGCCUUUGCCAACUGCUCUUCGACGAGUUCCCCCACCUACCCGGGCUCCAUGCCACAGGCGUAGCUUCUCUGAUUUGGACGAUCUUGAGCAAGGGAGCUACACUCUGCAGCCAUUCCAGAGAGAGUGGUGUCUCCAGAAAACCAACUGGAUCAGGCCCAGAUGGCUCAGGCUUUUCAUCCAACUUUGUCUACCCCAAAAUGAUGACAGCGAACACUAUCGAAUUGAGGGGAAAUUCGCCGACCCAGACGGUUCCAAGUACAUCGAUUAG